AAGAUCUUGGUGAUUUUCUUGCCCAUUGAGGAGAAAAACCUGUGGAGGGCAGAGUGCUUCUUUCGAGGCGUAACAAGAUGGCGUUCCAAUAUGGAGGUCUUUGAAGAUGUCCUUAACCAGCAUGUCCACGUCUGUGAGGAAAAAAUCAGCACCCUUCACUUCAGCCCAGAUGCACUCGUGCAGAUGCUCGACGAUGGUCUCGGCUUUUUUCUCAGUAAAAAACAAGCGCACAUUUGAACUGGCCUCCUCCAGGAUCUUCUGCACCAGGCUGUGGACCAUCAUCUCCUUUUUCGUCAGUGUACGUGUAGCAUCUUCCACAUGGUAAAACACAGCAUUGCUCUUUUUUUUCUUUUCCUUUAUAGGGACACCUGAGAGAGCAGGCAGCCCAUGAUCCAUGUCGGCAGCCAAGCUUGAACCAGGUGCAGAAGGUCAGGCUGCUUGACAGAGUGUUCCCCAGAAGGAGCAGGGUGGGCACCCUCUACCUGACUGCCACUCACACCAUCUUUGUGGAGAGUGAUCACUCUGCUGAAAUGCGCAACGAAACAUGGGUGCUGCACAGUUUGGUUUUUAGUGUGGAAAAACAAUCACCCACACCAUCAGGAUGCCCCCUCCUGAUACAUUGCAAAAACUUCCAGGUUCUACAUUUUGUCAUUCCUCAAGAGCGAGAAUGCCAUGAUGUGUAUGUGUCCCUGCAGCGGCUCUCUCAGCCAGAGAGUUAUGAAGAGCUGUAUUGUUUUUCCUAUAAACCGAACAUGGAUGAGAAAGAGAGUGGACAGGAAUGGGACUUUGUGGACCUGAGAGCUGAGUACAGCAGAAUGGGACUCCCAAACUCCCUGUGGAAACUUUCCUUCGUCAACCGGCGCUACAAGGUGAGUGACACUUACCCUGCUGAACUCUUUGUCCCUGAGUCAACCACUCCUUCGGUCAUCGCAGGAAGCUCCAAGUUCAGGAGCAGAGGCAGAUUUCCUACUUUGUCAUACUACUCCAAAGACAAUCAUGCUGCCAUCUGCCGUAGCAGUCAACCCCUGUCAGGCUUCAGCGCUCGCUGCCUGGAGGAUGAGCAGAUGCUGGAGGCCAUACUGAGGUCCAAUCCCCGCAGCGACUUCAUGUAUGUGGUGGACACCAGGCCCAAGUUGAAUGCGAUGGCGAAUCGAGCAGCAGGAAAAGGCUAUGAAAAUGAGGACAACUACGCUCACAUUAAAUUCCAAUUUGCCGCCAUCGAGAACAUCCAUGUAAUGAGGAACAGCCAACAAAAAAUGCUAGAAGUGUGUGAGCUGCGUUCCCCCUCCAUGUCUGACUUCCUGGAGGGCCUCGAGAGCUCAGGCUGGCUGAAGCACAUCAAAGCUGUUUUGGAUGCAAGCAUCUUCAUCGCCAAGGCUGUUGCAGAGGAGGGUGUGAGCGUCCUGGUUCACUGUUCAGAUGGUUGGGAUCGUACUGCUCAGGUGUGCUCUGUGGCCUGUGUUCUGCUGGAUCCUUACUAUCGGACCAUCAAAGGACUCAUGGUUCUCAUCGAGAAAGACUGGGUCUCAUUUGGCCACAAGUUUUCUCACAGAUGCAAUCAUCAGGUUGGAGACCCUAAAGAGGUGUCUCCCAUUAUAGACCAGUUCCUGGAGAGUUUAUGGCAGCUGAUGGAGCAGUUUCCCUGCGCCUUUGAGUUCAAUGAGCGGUUCCUCAUCACCAUUCACAGCCAUAUCUACUCCUGCCAGUACGGCAACUUUAUUGGAAACAACCAGCGGGAGAGAAUAGAACUCGGACUUUGUACGAGGACCCACUCUUUAUGGAGUUAUCUGUGGUCAAACCGUGCAGACUACACCAACCCCUUGUACAGACCAGACCACAGCCAGACACAGGGCCUCCUUAGGCCAUCUACAGCCCCCUGCUGGUUUAAAUUUUGGAGGGGUUUGUACAACCGGUUUGACCGUGGCAUGCAUCCUCGUCAAUCUGUUGAGGAUUACCUGCGGGCCGUUCAAGAGGAAACCCAACAGUUAGAGGAGCUGCUUGCCUCACACAAGCAGAAAAUUGCUGAACUGGAAGAGGAGCAGGUAUGCCGUUGUACUCGGAAAGCCACCACUUAUGAUAAAAGCCCCACAGCCUGGGUUCUUGGUAACGACCUCAACUUGGCAAACACCCCUCAAGAUUACACCUCAGGAUUCCUCACCAGCAGCCCCUGUCAGCCUAAAGCGCCACGCAGCGGCCUGACCCUCUCGCCCCAAGACUUGAACCGAACGUUCGACUCCAACCACUCCAAUGGCAGCGACCGGGAGUCUGGGAUAGCGGACCUGAGCUGCCGUUCACCCUUCAGCGAGGACAGCACCAGAGAUCAGGACUCUGACGAUGCUGCCUAAAUAAAUGUAGCAUGUGGUGGAAGAUGCAACUGGACUGAACAAACACUACCUACAUAUGCACUAAAAAAAAACAGGCUAUUUGCUAAUUUCAGUCAAAAGUCACCGUCAGAUUCCAUAAAUAAGUGUUGUUUGCAUGGUGUUGAACAUAUACUAGUUGAACACUCUUUACUGGAGUUUACCACUAAUGAUGGAAGUGUCAGAAGGAUGGAAUAUUUCACCCUGCCUUUGAUAUUCGGGGCCAAAUUAAACUGAUACUAUGUGCAGACACCGUUUAAAAUAGUGAAGUGCCAAAACACUUCAGUGUGCAUGAGCAGUGGAUGUUUAUGUGCAUCCCUUCUUUUAUAAUCCAUAUAAUCUUUGUUGUAUUUAUACAGCAGACAUUUUACUUCACAGGCAAAAAAAGACAAGACCUAACCGAAUACAAGUAGAUGCACCGCUACAGAUGGGACUAACUUGAAUCUGAUUCAAUCAUGUUGUGCGGAAAGAAAGUGUGAUCUUAAACAAUAUUUAAAAAAAGGGCCGGUAAGAACAAAAUCAACUUGUGAUGCAAGGUAAAUAUGGUGUUAGUCUUUACAUGUUUCAUGGUGAUUGCUCAGGACCGAAGGUGUUAAUGUGUAUAAUGUGUUUGAACAAGGCUGGAGUAAAAAUUGUCAUCGGGCAGCCACUAUAUUGAACAGUUUCCUUUGUUAAUGAUGACUGAUGGAGAACAUGAGCAUGCGAACACAAAGUAUCACUGUGUUAGGAGAAUCUAUUACUGUACUGUAUAACAUUGCCAAUGAACAAUGAAGCAUGCAAAUAUAUUUUUGUACUGUUUUUUUUUUUGGUUGUUUGUAAUCUUGCUGGCAUGCAUGUCAUUUUUAUUGUAUCGAAAAAGUUUACAUUGUUUUGCCCGACCUCAUCAGAGCGGUUAUUUGUUCAUGUGGAAUUAAGAGUCCCUGUAAGAUAUAUUAUUGAAUUCCAGUAUUGUUGAUUGUAAUUUUUUUGGGAAAUAAAAUAAGUUAUUACCCUCACCUGUCCC